AUGCUUUCUGCCGUCGAAGAAUCCGUCGAGUACGGGCACGAUCAUGGCGAACCUUCGCAGCAUGUGAUGCACAUCCGGAAGCUGGCCGAUGGGGACAAUCUGAAGAUCGAGCUGGAACCGGUGUGGUUCCAUCUGGAAUCCGGCGAGCAAUGGCCACCGGCGGCCGAAACGCAGCAAGUGAAACGGCAGGCCGCAAAGGACAGCAGACGGCCGUACAAGGUGUUCACCAAUGUCGAAAAGCUGCAACAACAUGCGCAGAAACAAUCGCUCAGACCGACGACUGGCAAUGCUGACGCGUUGUUGAUGCAACAGUUUUGGCACAGGGACGAAGCGGCCGAUCAGCAGCCGUCCGAGUCGAAACAGGUGUCGUCCUUCGAAGAGCAGCUGGAUGAUACCGAGCUGCCGGCCUGCUUCCGGAAGUACUUGAAUGAAAUGACCGAUCGAAAUCAGGAAAGCGUGCGCAAGCUGAUGCGCUGCCUAGCGCAACGGGCCGACCGUCGAGAUCAGAACGAGCCGCGCCGGUCCAGACGGUACCAGUCGUCCUACGUCGGUGGCGAUCAGGACACCGGGAGCCGUGAUCGUAAGAUGAAUGUCGAGGCAAAAGUGAUGCGCAAAAGCACCGACCGGGACGGGGCAUCUUCCAGCGAGCUCGUGGGCGACGAUCUCUUGUUUCAAAAACAGUACAUCCGAUCGGACAGUGAUGACGGCGGCCAGGUGUUUGAGGUUGCCGAGCAGGGGCAAGAAAGUGAAAACACUUCACAGCUGUUCGAUAACACCAGCGAACGGGGAUCGGAUGUAGAUUCGUCCGACGAUGCGGAUCAGAAACAAAGCGUUCACGAGCCAAGCGGCGGCCGAGUACCGUAUCGACGGUUACCAACAAACUACAACACUAAGUGGCGGUACCCAAGCUCGGAGGAGCUAGACGACGACAGUAGUUGCGAAGAUCUGUAG